GAACCCGCUCCUGCUGCUGUCAGUGUGAGCAGUGACAGCUGAAUCUCAACCCAGUCCUUCUGCUGUACCAUACACACAAUCGCCAACAUGUUCGAGGAGGCCAGCGAGGUGUUCGACAACAUGUUCAAGUCGUCGUUCCCCCUGACGUUCAUCGUGUUCAUCCCCGCGGUGCUGAUCCUGGUGUCGCCCCUGCCGGCCGAGGCGGCGCACGAGUUCACGGUGUACCGAAUGCAGCAGUACGACCUCCAGGGACAGCCCUACGGUACCAGGAAUGCCAUCCUGAAUACGGAAGCCCGCACUGUGGAGGCAGAGGUACUAAGUCGUCGCUGUGUUAUCAUGCGGUUAGCGGACUUCACGUAUGAUAAGUACCAGAAAGCCCUGCGGCAGUCAGCGGGGGCUGUGGUCAUCAUCCUGCCCAAGAACAUGUCUGCUAUGCCACAGGACAUAGUACAGCAGUUCAUGGAGUUGGAACCGGAGAUGUUGGCUACUGAGACCAUCGUCCCGGUCUACUUUGCCAUGGAGGAUGAUGAGCUACUGUCCAUCUACACUCAAACCCUCACCUCCUCCUCCACACAGGGCUCCUUAUCUGCAGCUGAAGUGCUAGUUCAUACAGCCACAGCCAAUGGCUUUCAGAUGGUGACCAGUGGAGCUCAAAGCAAAGCCGUCAGUGACUGGGCCAUCACCAGUUUGGAGGGUCGUUUGGCUGGAGUCGGAGGAGAGGACCUCCCCACUAUUGUUGUCGUGGCUCAUUAUGAUUCCUUUGGUGUUGCCCCUUGGCUGUCAUACGGCGCCGACUCGAACGGCAGUGGAGUGUCCAUGUUACUAGAGCUGGCUCGCCUCUUCUCCAAGCUCUACACCUACAAGAGGACGCAUGCUGCGUACAACCUGCUGUUCUUCCUCUCAGGUGGAGGAAAGUUCAACUAUCAGGGUACAAAACGCUGGCUGGAGGACAACCUGGACCACACAGACUCCAGUUUGUUGCAGGACAACGUAGCCUUCGUGUUGUGUCUGGACACUCUGGGCAACAGUGACGCGCUGCACCUCCACGUGUCCAAACCCCCUAAAGAGGGAACCCCUCAGUUUGCACUGCUCAAAGAGCUGGAGACGGUGGCUAUGACUCAGUACCCAGAGGUCAAGUUCUCCAUGGUCCACAAGAAAAUCAACCUGGCCGACGACAUGCUGGCCUGGGAACACGAGCGCUUCGGGAUCCGCCGACUGCCAGCCUUCACUCUGUCCCAUCUGCCCUCUCACCGCUCGGCUCAGCGCUCCAGCAUCAUGGACGUGCGGUCAGUGUCCCUCUCCUCUCGCCACGGAGCGGGAGAGCCCCCUGCUGGGCCUCAUGUGGACGUGAAGAAGCUUGGCAGGAACACCAAGGUGCUAGCAGAAGCGCUGGCCCGGGUCAUCUACAACCUCACAGAAAAGGGAGCACCUGGAGACAUGCAGAUUUUCACAGAACAAAUGAAGGUGCAGGAGGAGCAUCUGUCAGCAGUCGUGGAGUGGCUUACAGCACAGCCCCGAGCUGCACAGCUGGUGGACAAAGACAGCAGCGUCGUCUCCACCCUGGAGUACCACCUCGGCCGCUACCUCAAGGAUGUCAAGAGACAUUAUGUGAAAGCUGACAAAAGGGAUCCAGAGUUUGUAUUCUACGACCAGCUAAAACAGACCAUGAAUGCCUACAGAGUGAAGCCGGCUAUUUUUGACCUGCUGCUGGCUGUCUGCAUCGCAGCCUACUUGGGGAUGAUGUAUCUCGCUAUCCAGAACUUUGGAGUCCUCUACAGUGUCGUCCGUAGAAUCACCCAACCCAAGGCCAAGGCCCACUAAGGUGUUUGAAUAUUUCAGAACCUACUGUACUACUUUCCUCAAAUCAAGACACUUUUGCCAGUAAGAAUUCAGAAGCUGGACCGAGCUGCUGUUCACACGAUGGGUUCAAAACCAGCAGAAUCACUUCCAUUAACUUCAUCCAGAUGCACAAACUAUGAUGUCAGAUCCUGUCUUGCUGCCAACAUCGUCCAUGUGGUCUCAUGGACCAGAAUUAUCAGGAAUCAUUUUUCUGACAUUUUGCAACUCAUACAAACGUGUCAUCUGGGUUUACUUUAUUUUAUUAUUUGGCUCUUGAGGAAUGGUGAGUCUGUCCAAACGCCGGAGGUCUAGACGAAAUAGAAUGAGUUUUGUGGUGUUGUUUUGUCACUCUUUGUCCUCCCUCUCAGUAGACUCGGAGCCAAACUGAUGUGUAUUCCAUCUGGCAGCUAGGAGUAACGUGUAUAAAACAAGUUAUGUGUUCAGCUACCUGUUACAGGAAAGCUUCCGAUUUUUGUAUUUUUUUUCUUUUUUCCUCAGUGCAGUACACACAUGCACGUAAUGUGCUUUGAAAGAGUUAUUGAUCUCUUAAAUGCA